UUUUGUUUUUCUUUUUCUUUUUGUAUUUUAGUAGAGACGGGGUUUCACCGUGUCGGCCAGGAUGGUCUCGAUCUCCUGACCUCGUGAUCCGCCCGCCUCGGCCUCCCAAAGUGCUAGGGUUACAUGCGUGAGCCACCGCGCCUGGCCACGUCUUAGUCAUAGAAUCUUAAAGCCAGAGCGAGAGGUUCCUGGGUUCACAGAACCUUAGAAAAUAAGAGGGAAGGGACUUCCCCAAGGUCACAGGGCCAGCGCGCUGCAGCAGAGAGGAGUGUGGGGAUGGGUUGGAGAGCGGUGGGGAUUUCCUUCCCCCUUCAGAGUCCUCUUCCUUGGCCCAUCUCCAAGUGUCCCAGCCCCAGGUAGCGGGACAGGAAAGGGGCGUGGCUGGCCCCCUCGCUUAGACCCAGGAAGGCGGGAGGGACCGGUUGGGUACUGGAGCUCCUGGGUGGCCCUGCAGCCGACACUCCCCCGUCUUCCAGAUGACAAUUUGUCUGGCACGAGCGGUAUGGAAGUGGACGACCGCGUGUCGGCGCUGGAGCAGCGGCUGCAGUUACAGGAAGACGAGCUGGCGGUCCUAAAGGCGGCGCUGGCGGAUGCUCUGCGUCGCCUGCGGGCGUGCGAAGAACAGGGAGCUGCGCUCCGCGCGCGGGGCACCCCCAAGGGCCGGGCGCCUCCGCGCUUAGGCACCACUGCCUCGGGUAUCCGGGUUAGACUGGAGGGGUGGGAUGGGGAGGACGGGGCCUGGUCCUCAUACUCACCCUCUUCUGUCCCCAUCCCUCCAGUGUGUCAGCUCUUGAAAGGCCUUCCCACCAGGACGCCCCUUAAUGGCUCGGGACCCCCGCGGCGCGUGGGUGGCUAUGCCACGUCCCCAUCCUCUCCCAAGAAGGAGGCGACCUCCGGGCGCAGCAGUGUCCGCCGCUACUUGUCACCAGAGCGCCUGGCCUCGGUGCGCCGCGAAGACCCCCGCAGCCGGACCACAUCCUCCAGCAGCAACUGUAGCGCCAAAAAGGAAGGCAAAACCAAAGAAGUUAUCUUCAGUGUGGAGGAUGGCUCCGUGAAAAUGUUCCUGAGGGGCCGCCCUGUGCCCAUGCUGAUCCCAGAUGAGCUGGCACCCACCUACAGCCUGGACACACGCUCGGAGCUGCCUUCUUGCCGGCUCAAGCUGGACUGGGUCUAUGGCUACCGUGGCCGAGACUGCCGGGCCAACCUUUAUUUGCUGCCCACCGGGGAGAUAGUGUACUUUGUGGCCUCCGUGGCUGUGCUAUACAGCGUGGAGGAGCAGAGGCAGCGACACUACCUGGGACACAACGAUGACAUCAAAUGCUUGGCCAUCCACCCGGAUAUGGUCACCAUCGCCACGGGACAGGUGGCGGGCACCACUAAGGAAGGGAAGCCGCUGCCACCCCACGUGCGCAUCUGGGACUCAGUUUCCCUCUCCACCUUACACGUGCUGGGCUUGGGGGUGUUUGACAGAGCCGUGUGCUGUGUGGGCUUCUCCAAAUCUAAUGGGGGCAACCUGCUGUGCGCAGUGGACGAAUCCAAUGAUCACAUGCUCUCGGUGUGGGACUGGGCCAAGGAGACCAAGGUGGUGGAUGUUAAGUGCUCCAACGAGGCUGUAUUGGUGGCCACCUUCCACCCCACGGACCCUACUGUGCUUAUCACCUGCGGGAAAUCUCACAUCUACUUCUGGACCUUGGAGGGGGGCAGCUUGAGCAAGCGGCAAGGCCUCUUUGAGAAACAUGAGAAACCGAAGUAUGUGCUGUGUGUGACCUUUUUGGAAGGUGGCGACGUGGUCACGGGGGACUCUGGGGGGAACCUCUAUGUUUGGGGCAAAGGUGGGAACCGUAUCACACAGGCGGUGCUGGGCGCCCAUGAUGGUGGCGUGUUUGGGCUCUGCGCCCUGCGGGACGGGACGCUGGUGUCCGGAGGGGGCCGUGAUCGGCGGGUGGUCCUCUGGGGUUCUGACUACAGCAAGCUGCAGGAAGUGGAGGUCCCCGAGGACUUUGGCCCUGUGCGCACUGUGGCAGAGGGCCACGGUGACACACUGUACGUGGGGACCACCCGCAAUUCCAUCCUGCAGGGCUCCGUGCACACAGGCUUCUCGCUGCUGGUCCAGGGCCACGUGGAAGAGCUGUGGGGCCUGGCCACACACCCCAGUCAGGCCCAGUUUGUGACCUGCGGGCAGGAUAAGCUGGUGCAUCUGUGGAGCUCAGAGUCCCACCAGCCCCUGUGGAGCAGGAUCAUUGAGGACCCUGCCCGCUCAGCCGGCUUCCACCCCAGUGGCUCUGUCCUAGCUGUGGGUACAGUGACUGGCAGAUGGCUGCUGCUGGACACGGAGACCCAUGACCUGGUGGCUAUCCACACAGACGGCAAUGAACAGAUCUCAGUGGUCAAAUUCUCCCCAGACGGGGCGUACCUGGCCGUGGGCUCCCACGACAACUUGGUGUACGUGUACACGGUGGACCAGGGCGGCCGCAAGGUCAGCCGCCUGGGCAAGUGCUCGGGCCAUUCCAGUUUUAUCACCCACCUGGAUUGGGCCCAGGACAGCAGCUGCUUUGUCACCAACUCCGGGGACUAUGAGAUUCUGUACUGGGACCCGGCUACCUGUAAGCAGAUCACCAGUGCAGAUGCUGUGAGGAACGUGGAAUGGGCCACAGCUACUUGUGUCCUGGGGUUUGGGGUGUUUGGGAUCUGGUCCGAGGGGGCGGACGGCACUGAUAUCAACGCUGUGGCCCGCUCCCAUGAUGGGAAGUUGCUGGCUUCAGCUGAUGACUUUGGCAAAGUUCACCUGUUUAGCUACCCGUGCUGUCAGCCUCGAGCCCUCAGCCACAAGUACGGUGGACACAGCAGCCACGUGACAAAUGUGGCCUUCUUGUGGGAUGACAGCAUGGCCCUGACCACGGGGGGCAAGGACACCAGUGUGCUACAGUGGCGGGUGGUCUGAUGAGGCCAGGGAAGAGUCAGGUGUCAGGGCAGGAAUUCUAUUUUCGGGAGAUGUCUAUUGCCGUGUAGAGUAAUAUAUACCCAGAGUAUGUCUAUAGCAGAGGGGUUUAUGGGGGCGGGAGGGUAGACUGACAGAAGUCUCUAUUUAUCCGGGUGGGAUGAGGGAAUCACAUCGCUUUGGGGAUCCACUGGUGUUUGGUUUGGGGUGUUUUUUAAGUUUUUUCUUUUAUAUCAUCCAGAAAUAAAGACACGUGCACUA